AGACAUUUUCAGACCGUGAACUAUUUGAAGCAUCCAAAAUGAUGACUUGUGAUGAUGAAGUUCCUGGAUGUGGAUUUCCGUUCAACUUUGAGGACUACUUAAAUCUGGAUGGUACCCAGGUUGUCCCAGAAAUUAAUGCCCUUAGCCUGAAUGGCUGUCAACCCAUGCAGUUAGAUGGGGAAGAGAGCAAAAGCAGAAGUGACAGUUUAACUUCGUGGAAGAGCUGCUCCAGCCUGAAUGAGUCUGGUUACUCGUCAGAUGAGAGUGCGUCCCCAAGGAUGGACGAGGCUCUUCCUUCUCCAGGAAACAACUGCCUGGACUUAGACCAGCAUACAACUCCUGGUUUAAUGGAGUGUUUGGGACCUACAGGUACGUAAUUUCAUAUAAUUAAUACAUUGAAUGGUAGCAAUAGUGCAUUUAAGGGUUGGCUCCUCUUUUUAUAAUUGUGUUGCAUCCAUGAGGUAUCCCUUUGUGCACUGUUUCCUGGUCGAGUCGGAAUCGGUAUGUUGAUCUUUUUUAUUUUUUAAAUUUGACGUUCAUUUACGAUCACUAACAGCAAAUUAGCUCGAUGCAUGUCCAGUUAUCAGUCUCAUCCGUUGUUCUUCACCCAAGUUCUUUCAUCAUCAUCUCAUGAUGCAUUUCCAAAUCAGCGGCGCAACCUAAUUCCAGGCUGUAAUUCUUACUGAGGUUAAACAAUUCCAAGCGUCCGAAAAUUGAUUUUCCUCUUGCAACACAAUGUGGGCAAAAGAUAGACUGAGGAAAUAUCGGCCAAUUUUGGACAUGUUACCUGUAUUUCUAAUCCAAAGAUGGACUCAGACCACGGCUACAGUAGAUUGAAGACUUUGGUAUCGGUGCUACCGCUCAUUAUGCACCUGUUUAAGCAUUGUUGGAGCAAUGUCCUUUCAGUUUCAUAACCCCUUCCCACUUCAAAGUUCUCUUAAAUAUAUUUGAAAUUGGUUCUCCAAAAGUUUCCUUGAGUACUCCGGUUCAUUUCACCUGUUUUUUUUUCAAAUAUACAAGAGGGACUGUCUGAAUCGCAUAAGAUGGAUAACGUUUGUUAAAUUUUUUUUUUCUACUGUGUUGUUAUAUAAUUUGCAUCGAUUGCAGGUGUCCUGAUCAACGCAAUUACACAUCUUUUUUUCUCUCCGGAAUUGAAUUCAUUUGUUUUCAUGUUUGCGUCCAAACUAAGCAGUGUAGUACCUAAUAUUUUUGGAGUAAUUUAACCAGCUAUGUUAAAAAUACUUACAAAGUUAACACGUCAUAGACACUAUGGACGAAAACACCCUUCUGUCGGCUCACGUCUGAAGCAAUUUGAUUGGCCGACCAGAUUGUACCCAUAAUUCAAGCCUAUUGUUUGUCGCAAAAGCGUUUGUGGAAUGUUCUUCCUGUUUACAACGGCGAGCUCGAAAUCUGCAGGCUUUCAAGACAAGCGUAAAGUAUCCAGUCAAUACAGCUUCAUUCUGAUGCCCUGAAUUCGUUCCUUCCCAUCACUGAAUAACGAGAUGUUUUUUCGCUUGACGGAGAUGUGUAUUUUCGUCGAUUCUUUGCAUUUAGUCCCUGUCUUACGCUCCAACGGUCUAAAACUUCCGGUCGAAGUUUUCUUGUCACCAGAAACUGAAGCUACGCAAGUUGUUUGGUCUUGUGUAUUUGAAAGAUAGUUUGGGUAAUCGGAAAUAAUUUUAAGGUAAGCAAGUUUCCUUUGCUGCUUGAUACCUUCGUGUUUUGAAAUUCCGCUUAAGAUUCCCAUUUUGAGAAAGUCUAAAUUCAUCAAUCACCUCUCGACUCUGUCGAAGCCGGGUUUAACAGCUCCGUCUUCGUUUCGUUUCUAAGGUUUAAACCGGGAACACAGAUAGCUCUAUUUUGCGAUCUGAUACAUGUCGAUCCUACUUUAAAGGCUAUUUUAUUUUACAGGUAAGCUCUUUGCGUGCCUUUUAAAUGCUUUUUUAAGAAAGUAGUGUCUAAGAUUAUGAAGUAACGAGGCUUUACGAACGGAAUCACGCGACAUCCACUGUGACGCGACUUGAUGCUUUCAACAUAAUUUUAGCAUCAAUAAAGACAUUGUUAAAAAAUUACUUUAGAAAAUUCAAGGAAGGCCGAUUACAACAGCUUCCCCACAAACACGGAAAAUUACACUUUCGGGUGUUGUUUGGUUUCACAUGAUCUCUCCGUUAAGGCGUUCUAUAUGCAGCCGUACGGGUCACGGGUCAUUCUACUGGAACGAAAUAUAUCUUUCAGUUCUUUUUUCGAGAACAAAACCGUGUCUAUGACAAGUGAUCUUGAUUCAAGAUAGCAACGUUUCCAAGACAGAAACAUCAUGGGAACUCCAAAUCAUUUAGGGUAGAUCGUGUUGAGACGAUAGCAAAGAGUUUUAUGAUCAUUGUCUCAGAAGCUAUUGUUAUAAGGCUGGUUUAGCGAAAUGAAAUUUACCAAAUGCGGCCUAGCGAAAGAUUUCAAUGACAGAUAAGUGCACAAGAUUUCAUCAUGCAAGGCUGAAAUUUUAAUAUUUGUUGAAUUUAGCUGGGAAACCACCUUAAUCUUCGAAAAUUGGGCACAUAAUCGCGUCCUUAGUUUAAAAAAAGAAAUGCUCUUGGAGCCUUUAAUAUGUUAAGAUUAAGAAUUUCGAAAUUCGGAAAAAAGGCUCAAGAUCUUCCCGCGAAGAUUUCAUGAGUCGAUUUUUGCCUUCGGCAAGUAAACAAAAAUGUCUCGAUAGGCGUGUUUAACUUGUUCUUUUUUCAGGGGACAUAAAUUGGCCACAGCUUAGUUCUGUUCAAAUUGGCUCUUUCCGGACAAUCGUUCAAGUCGCUCUUUGCUUCAUAUGUCUUCGGUCAAGGGCCUUUUUUUUUUUCGUUUAAAUCUGUGAUUUAUUGGCUUUACAAUUGCCUUGAGAUGGGUCAUUUCUCUCAAGUUUUCUCUUUAAACUGCAUACUUGAGUCACAGUUUUUAAUUUUUUCGAAUUCUAAUGACAAACUUAGGCGGCAAAAAUAACUUGAACGCUUAGGGCGACCUUUAUCAAUCCACAUCUAACUUCGGUGUAAUGUCAAACUCCGAUAGUUUUCUUCACGUUACCUGUUCGCUCAUCGAUGUGGUCAAUCGCUUGAAGUUGCUGGAGGCGGAUCUUCUUUAGCUAUGUUCCAGUUGAUACCAAAACUCCAGCAGUAAUUUGCUCACUCACGCUUUGUUACUUCUCCGUCGGGGUAAUAAGGCUUGCCUUUGGAAGAGAAGUACUCGGUCAAAAAUGCCUCUUUCUCUUUGAUUUCUGUACUUCCCACAUUAUCCUUCUGGAUAUUAUCAUGCUCAGCAUAGCUUUUGAUUCGAAACUGGUUCCAUGCUUUCUUUCGUAAUAAUUUGCCAAACUUUUUCUGAGGUAUAUGAGGAUCAAUAUAUUGUGCCUUCUUGGAUUGCCGAAGCUCCUCCGAAAUAAUUUCCUGUUAGACUGCAUUCAUGCGCUGAACAACUUAAAUUAGGCUUGGAAUCCUAAACGAUUUCUUCUUUGGGCUCCUUUACUGAAAUAUCAACCUUGAUUUCUAGAACUUUUCAUUUUUGGUGCUUGUUCAGCUUUUCUAAGCCUGUUGUGAUCUUUGUUGGAACUUCAUUGACAUCCAGAAAACGCUUUUGAAUAUUCUUUGUGACCUGCGCUCAUUACUUCUCAGAACAUUAAACACCUUUUGGAUUCUUUCCUUCUUUUUCCUGUCAUCCCUUUUUCUUCCUUUUCUUCAGUGAUACUUUCAUUUUACCCCCUUUCUUUCCCUUUCCUUUCCAGCGUGAUUAUUUAUCAAUCCAUCCAUCCAUCCAUCCAUCCAUCCAUCCAUCCAUCUGUUCUAUAUACAUCUUUCUAUACCUUUUUUUUUACUGUUCAGCCACUUUCUCAUAACAAGACACCCAGUCAGAAAGGUAUACCUAAUUACUAAAAGAUUGUAGUAAACUGCUCAUCAGGGGUGGAUCCAGGAAUUUGUGAUUAGGUUGGAGGGGGGGAAGGAGGGGUGUGCAGAUUUAGAAAACACAGAAAGUGUAUUUUGCACUUGGCCCCAUGUGAAUUAGAAGCUAAGAAAUAUUUAGAGACAAGUUCAUUUUAAAUAUGCCACAUUUUGUUAUAACAUGCGAUCCUGUAUAUUAGGCAUCUAAUAAGAAAAACCCCCAAAGUUCUGAUGGGGGGGGGGGGAAGAAGGAGUUUCGGAACCCUUCCCUCCCCCCACUCACCCUCUCCCAGGACCCUGAAUUUACUGCUGUUUCUAUUUUCUUCUAACCCCGCAUUCAACUUAAUUAUCUGUUGGAAUGCUUUUUUCUUCUCAGUCAAGAUGUGUCCCAAGUGUUCAACUCGCAACCUGGUGCCCUCGGUACUGAUAUGUAUUUUUCUUUUUCAGAAGAUUGGUCCAACUACCCACCAUACACAUGGACAGCGGCUCAGUUAGAAAGUUUUCUGAAGUCGGUUUGGAAGUCUAAUAAUAUCACUGGGGAGUAUGACCUGGAUAAGUUGGACCUGACUGGGCCAGAGCUGUGGUGUUCAACAGCAGAUGAUUUGGAAAAACGUUCAGAAUAUGGAGGACUCCUGUACGAAGCCCUCACGCAGAUUGCGAGUAGUUCCCAAUGGGAAAGUAAGUGCUAUAUUUGUAUCAAUAUAAACAACAAAUUUAACAUUAUCAAAACAUUUGAAAAUAACUUGUUUUCAACUGAGUUCGUGAACCAUCAGUGGAGCAAGCAAACGUUGCUGAAAGAAAAGAUGCAAACAGGAAUAAGAGAACAAGAAGAAAGAGAGUAAAUAAACAGUUUAAAAAAAAGUGAAUUAGGAAAUAGAAAAGAAAGUGAGAAGGAGAGAACAAAAAGAAGGAAGGAAAAGAGAAAGAAAGAGGGAAUGAAUGAAUAAAUAAAUAAAUAAAUGAAUGGAUUUAUGAAAGGAAGAAGAAUUAGAGAAAAGCAGUUAGAAGGAAAUAAUCAAAGAAGAUAUAGGAAGAAGAGAAAAAACAACGAAAAAAAAUUAACUCUUUAACUCCCAGAUCAAAUGUGUACUUCUCCUUACCAUCAACCAUACCAUUCUCAUAAUGUUAGUUCAGAGAAUUCAGUAUUGAAUCAACUUAUUAUCCCCAAAUUGAUAUUUUUCUUUAUUCUCAUCACUUAUCUGGUUGAUACUGUAUUGAUAUUGUAAGGAGAAAUUCUGUCUUGGUCACUCAUGGGGGUUAAAGGGUUAAAGAAAAGAAGCUGUCAGUUGGGCAGGCCAUUGAGGACCUUACAAGAUAGUACAAGAAUCAUUACAGGCUAGCAGUGUAUGAUGUCUAGGGUAGAUUGCUUUUCCUAUAAAAAAAAGGUUAAAACUUUUUUGUCCCUUUGCAGGUUGCAGUACCUCCUGUGGAGGUAAGUAACAUAUUUAGUUUAAGUCUUGAAGAUUUCCCCAGGGAGGGUUCAGUAUAAACUUUUGUGGGAUGUGCCUGGUUGGGGUUGAAUAUGAAGGGUCUCGGCCUCUGUUAGUUCAUUCAAGCUCUUCUAGCUUCAUGUGGUAAGGGUUUCAGAAAAGUAAACAAAAGAAUGAUUCCUCCUUUGAUAGAAACAAAAUGACGGUCAAACCAUUAGAGUACCUUGAAACAAUGAUUUCCUUCAUGAGUUACUGAAAAAAUCAAAGCCCUGUUAUCUGCCAAAGGUUUCUACUGAUAGUGUACAUGGGUACACCACUCCCCUAUCUCAGUCCCCCAGCUUCAAGUUCACUCUCAGAAGUAUACAUUGUUCGGUGUUAAUUAACCAAAGGAUAAUCUGGUAUACCCUAGACAGGAGAGGAAAAAUGGAAAGUUAAUCGUUGUUAUUCUUGUCUGCAUUUUUACAGGAUGUUACGAUCCAUCAAGUGAUGAGAUGUUUAAUCUUCUUGCUAUGCAAGGUAAAAAUCUCUUAAUUUAAAGGAAAAAUUAACUCCGUGAGAGCUAGACCGUUAUUAAGUAGGGGAAUUUUCUGUCAUGGUGUAAAGCCAUGGUCUAAGCUAGUAAAACCAGCAAACAGAGAAACCAUGAAGUUUAGUUAAGACUUUUAGGCUCUCAGAUCUUGGGAUUGAAAAGUUUAUGUGAAAGGGUUAGCUGUUUUUCAAAUGUUAUAUGCAACAAAAGCAAAAUAUCAUAAUAAAUAAAACUUUUCGAUUACAGCUGAGGUAUUUCAUUCAUCUAGAUUUUUUUUUUUUUUCGGAUAACGUCCGAUGCUAUCCUCGCUUUUCAAGAUUCUAUUUGUAACGUGUGAAGUAAUGAUAGUUUUCAUUCACCCCACUGCAUGAAAGUUAGAUACUAACUUGUCAAUUAUCAUGUAUCUUACAGAUUCCCCUCCCUUUUCCCUUCCGGAUGAUCUUCCCGUGGAAGGUGAGACCCUAUCUCACUUGAUUACAGAAAAUUUGUUUAUAAAAUGGUUCAAUGGAUCUUACCAAAGAAUUUUUUCUCCGAUUGCGGCAGCUAUUGUUUCCAAAUCCGCCUUCACUCCAUGCCAUCUCAUUCUUUAUUUGAUUUGAUUUUUUUUUUAUUAAAUUUUUUUUUUCAUUUUUAGAAAUCCACCGAUUGCUUACACAAAGUGGUAAGUCUCACUCUUUGGUGAUAUCUAUUUUUGAAAUAAUAAUAAUAAUAAGUUUUGGAAAGCCAUAAGCUAAGGGUUUUCCAGAAAACAGAUAAUUAUUUAAAACACGUACCAUGCAUAGAUUCUGUGUAGCAUAUUGUAUGAAAAAGCCGCCAUAAGGAAAGCCUUUCUUCGGUUCUUUGUCAUUUUCUUCGGUUCUUUGUUAUUUUCUUCGGUAUUCUUCGGCAUUUUUCGGCCGGGUUUCUUCCGUAUCCUUCCAACUGCAGUGUCAAUUCGCAAAACAACAUGCAAAGUUUUAUGUAGUACUUCUUCAAAUCAUAUUUCAGUGUACAGAUUUGCGACGAUAAUUGAAUAGCCUAAUCCCUGACCUAUUUGUUUUGGUUUAAAAACUUACUUAAAAGCUUUUUUUCUGGCGUGAGCAGCAGUGGGACUUUAGGCGCGAGUUCGGUUUAGAUCGGACGCGUGAAGUGAUGCCCUCUCGAGGCACGAAGUACGAAGGCGUGCAUUCUCGCACGCGCGCCGCUACCAAUAAGACACAUAUUGAAGGAUUAGGACAUCCGAGUGGCUGUGUCCGAUAUUGUAGAAUGCUAAAUAAGGAAAUUAUUUCGAUUAGAUGAAAACCCGUUCGCGGUGAGAAGCGAAAUAUAAGUUUUGUUACUUCGACCACACUGGAAAUUUCAUCUUUCAAUCAGUCCGCUCAAAAUUAUUUUUUCAAAUUUUUGUCGAGGAGGAACUUGACAUUCCUACAAAGUUUUGUAGAUCUUGAGAUAGCAGAUCAUGUUUGUCAAACAGAAAAUGUUGCUCUUUCGAUUCCAUUUUUUUUCUUCAAAGGCGUUCUAGACUGGGCUGAAAUCACAGAAUUUCAAAUCUAAAAGGAAUCGAACGCUUUUAUACAUACCGGUCUAUUUAUAUCGCUGCAUACGCGAGAUUGCUGCAUGAGCUAAGGGUUUUGACUGGUCUUGUGGCCGUUUGCUAAAGAAACCCAAAAGAUAACGAUUCACUAUCCAACAAGUCAGGAAAUAUUUCAAAAUAUUGCACGUAUGCACGGUGACGUCAAACCCGUAGGAAGUGUGCUUGCACGCAGAAGGCGACCUCUCUUUGCCUUACGUCAGAGGGGUCAUUUCAAUUGAAACUUAAGCGAACAUAAUUGAAGUGAAUAGUAAUUCGCUCUUUUUCCGCGAUGCAAAUUUUUGGCUUUACACGCCGCUUCCGAGUGGCUAAUUUCCAUGCUUUCGCUCCAGGCUCAUGGUAGCCAUUCAAUGUGCUUAAUCAGGCGCGGAAGAAAGCACGAAAACCGGUAUUAAACUUAAAAAUUGGGCGCUAACACCUGGACGUGAAGGAAUGGUAAACUUUGAUCAAGUGCCAUUAAAUGAAGGAAAUGAAGAGAGUUUUAACGAAAAUGUGCAAAUGUUUGGACCAGCAAAAGCCAAAAUGAGAGCCUCAGUAACAUGGGGGGAAUGAGAUUAAAUUCUUAAAAAAUAUAUUGUACUUUGAACAGCUUCGUGAUGAAGAGCAGAACUUGAUGGCAACCAGUUUCCGCAUAAGUAUUUCCGUAUACCGACGGCGACUUUACAGCACGUAUAAUAUUGCGCAAAACGCGAGCGAAUUCGUUCACGUGAUCUUCAGGUCAAGUGAGUUUUGCGUGGGUGUUUUGCGAGUCGCACCCAAAUGUCUUGUGAUUGUGGAAGUGUAAAUUACGAGCUUCGAGACAAAGUAUAGAAAUUCUUCGAGCGCUGUUCGACGUUCUCGCAAGUUCGAUGAAUUUCCGAAGGAUAAUGUUAUUUUCAAGGGACUCGUUUGACAAUUAACUGGUUCUAGGCCCAUAAUAAAUCUAGCAGCAACAAACAACAUUCCUAUGUUUCCGCAACGAUACACAGGCGCGCAGAGUUGUGCUUUGUUCUUGACUUCCGGGUCUGCUCCAUUUCGUGUCAAUGUAGCCCUUCUGUUCGUUCACGAAUGAACUUUUCUUCACGGUUAUGUGUAACAUUUGCGAAUUCGUCUCGGAUUGACCGUCCCCUAACUAGAGAAAGUCGGCUUCUGAAUUCAAAUUACUCGAGCGAAACAAAUUACACUCCUGCUUGUAAAUGCAAAUAAUCUCUCGCUGAAUGUCUUGCUACGUAAAUAGGCAACGUGAAACUUGAAUCUGAAUGACUUCAGAACGUUACUUAGGGGGAGGGUGUUCAGAGAUACUUUUUUGCACAGCUGUCAAGUAUUCUGGAUCACUUCAACAAGGCUUAUCAUAAUUUUUCAUGUGUGAAUGUAAGUUUUGUAUUGUCCUCGUGUGGAAGGGAUAAAUCUCUGAUCACAGAAAACGCUACAAAGUAGGAAUCGUAUUUUCCCACCCCCCCUCCCCCCCAGUGGUAACUUUGUUCAGUAAUCCCCAGCAUAUUUAUCGACUGUUGUUCGUGGUUUGCUCGAUCCUGCAUGUCGAGUCACUAAUAAGCAAGCGACCUUUCCGCCAACCAUUCGACGCUAGAAAUGCCUUAUUACUGCUCUUUAAGAAUAUUUAGCAAGGAGAAAAAGAAGAAACGUCGGCGAAAAGGUAAUCAGGUCGAAUUGAUUCAUAAUAUUUCGUUGGUAUUAGCUCGUAUGCCUUGCGUGAAACAGCCCCACAAUAAUUUGAACUUUUAUGAUAUAUUUACUGUUAGCCGCCGUUCAUUACUGUAGUUUGGUGAAAGUGUUAAAGCUAGAAUUCUCGUUUAUGCCCAGUUGUUCGGUUAGUCGUCUUUAAGCGACUGCAGAGUACAUUUCGGAUGGUAUUUUGGAAAUCGAGACGAUGAUUCGUGGUGUAAUUUUACGCAGCGAAAGCCUCAAGCUUCCUGAUCGGUUGAAUCUUCUACAGUUGUUGUCUUUUACGCUGGGUCGUUGAAUUGGGCUGUAAUCGACGAACCCGAAGUCGUUGUCAAUCCGUUGUGUUUUUUUGUCAUUUCAAGGAUUCGUAUGAGGAUUUGUAGCACGAGUGAAACCAACAAGCUUGUUCGUUUCCGCGCUGGUACGCGCCAUAUCCACGAAGGAGAAGGAAAGGCGAAGCGUUGUCUAUCGCUAUUUUUAGCAUAUUUUGUGAAACCUUUCACAUUGUUGAAUGAUACAGAAGGUCUCAUUGUUUCUCAAGGGCUAAUAAUCUUAAAGGAUGAAAGUCUAGCGGCAAACUGGACUACUGAGCGAGGGACCAUCUUCAUGCGUAUCUCUUGCCGCUCAUCGUUUGCUUCUCAUCAUACCUUGAGAUCAGUCUCGAAGCGUUUUUUAAACUUGUACCCAACGAUUGCGCGUGGUUGCUGUGCAUAUGUAAGCGUUUAAAGCUGUUAAAAUGUCGAAGUUUUCUAAAUUGCGAUCAAUUUUAGCGACUUUUUUCUCACAACGCGAAGAACUGGGUUUUAAUUCUGAAUGCUUUUCCGCGUUGCGGGGAGCUAUGGUUUCCAUCCAGUUGGCAUUGAAAUGAGCUAGCACGCACAAUUAUUAGGAAAAUAUAGCUUUGUCCAAGCGAUCUUUCGUAUGUUCUGACGAACGUUUCUUUCUUUCAGAUGAAACCAACGAUAUGGAUGAUAGUCAUGCUGUGAUUGGAAACAUAGAUGGCGGUGAGUUGGCUUUUGGAAGAAAAAUUAUUUUGUCACGUAGCGGGUCGCAUUGGGUUGAAUAUUUCCGGGAGCAAAAACAGUUCUCUCGAAGUUUCUUCCGGGAACAGUGUCGACCGCUCUUUGUUUGCUUAAGAGUUAUACCUCCUCAUUAUGGUUAAAUGACCUUAGUUAACUGACUUUGCUUGUUUUCGCCGAGGGUAUUUUGUAAUUUCUUUGUGUUAAAAAACCACAAUGCUGUACUUGGCUGGGUGGACGUAAUAAUUUAUAUUUGUGCUUGGGAUUGUCAACAAUUUUCGCUAUAUGUCUCUCUUUCUUGAUUCACAUCCUUCGUCACCUCUAAAGAAACGAAGAUUCUUUUGUGUUUUUCUAUUUUGUGUACAUUAUAAGUUUUUCCUUCGGUUAUCAGUGCUAACUCUUCGAAAAUUUCGAAGGAGAUUCUUCAAGAGAUAAGAACUCAUAGAGACUACAUGACUUCUAUUUGCAUAAAUUUCGCAAUGUCUUAAAUUAUCAGCGAUUUCAAGCAGUUCUGUUGUAGUUUUUGUAGCUUUUGGCCGAAGAUAUUUCGAAUUGAUUCAGUAAUCUUGAUGUUAUGGAUGGUGUUGUUUGUCAACUAGUUACAGGCGAGCCAAAAGUCGGGUCGCAGUAAUACUAUAGGCUAAGCAAUCAGAUAGCUCUCUUCGCCAUGCAUAAACAUUCACCACUUCCUCGUGUGGGCUAAGCUGUUACUAACGUGAUGAAAAUGGCUCUUUUUACAUUCCUUUGUACUCUUUAAUACUACAGACAUUUUGUUUUGGACGCGAUUCGCUUCGUUCUGGCGAGGAACGUUAGAAAAUGCGAUAUUGCAUAACUACACAAUGCACAUAUAUUAAAAUUUGUUGCAACUUGAAUAUUCAGGGUUCAGCAGAAAAGACAAUUUAAGCUGAUGAAAUAUUAAAGCUUCUUUUCAGCUUGAAAGUGCGGUGUCGCAGGCUUAAAGAUCUUUACAAAGCAAUUAAUUAAGGGCUUUUCGCUUGGAAGUCCAAGCAGGUUUUUAACUUAGUUGUUUAGCUUUCAAGCUACUGUAGUGUUGCUAAUAUUUCCACGUCUCCGAUACAAACAUUGCACCAUCGGUGGUGAAUUGCUUUUCACUUGUAUGUGGCGUCCUUCCAAGAUAUUUCUCUCGCAGGCUGACUGUGGCUUCAUCUAAGGUUGCAAGGAAGUAACCUUUGUCUGGAUCCAAUAUUGUCAUUUCCUUGUGACAAUGUAGGGUCGAAAAAGAGCAAAACAUGAUAUUUGAAACCGUUAGGACUGUACAUAUUCAAUUUUGCAUCACAAAGAACAUCUUUUGUCCAUUUGGACUGUGGUGUUAUUUGGAGUGUGAAGAGAGUGUUUUGAACAACUUUGGGAGCAUACAGUUGCAUUUUAUGUGAAAAAUUUGUGUAACAAUAAUAAUAUUGUGAUAAGUUUUCCAGGUUUUCAUCUGUAAAUUCAUUCAUUUCUUUCUUCCUUUGUGACUUGAAGAAUCUUCCAAAUUCAACGGUGUCAGAUAUCAGAAAUUGAUUGCUAGGUCUUAUGAUAAAGACUGAAAGUACUCUGGAUGAGUUAUCAAUUUGGCCAAUACUUUAAUCAUAACAAUAUAUUCGCCAAAACAGUGUCAAUACAAACACACCACAGUGAACUGCAUGUGAGAUCUUGAAUUGGCAUCAGUGCACAUGUAUAGUAAGCCAUGCAGUUUGGCAAAGAUUUUAGCUUGUUUCGUCAGCUUAGUGACAGCUGGUUCUAAGUACCAUCUGCUUAUCAAUGAAAGCUUGGCGUUACUAAUGUCAUGUACCAUUUUGAGAUGACUUGUUGUGUUCAGUCAAUAAACCACCCGUUCAACGAAGAUACCCCAAAUUAUUUGGACAGACAAGUAAUAUCUUAAAAAAAAAGUGUAUAGGCAAACCUAUACAUACAUUCAUGUGACCUUUCAAAUUUGGUUUGAAAAUCCCAUAAGUACUUUCUCGUUCUCUUCUUAAUUCGGGAAAUUAUCUUUAUGUUUGUGUUAUUUUAUAAUAAAGAUUUAAAAGGAAACCCUGGUUACUAUGUUCACGUCAGAGCAACGUUUAUUACAUACGCAAGAUUGUUUUAAAUCGACUGACCCAAUUUGUUUCAUCUGUACCUAUAGAUUGUGUUCCAUAUUUUUAUUUCCUUGAGGAAAUGCAAAUAACAUAUAGAAAUAAUUUUAAUUGGAAUCCUCUGUAACAAUAACUGGGAACAAUUUCUAUGGUUUGAGAAGCGGUUUUUUCAAAGACUUUUCUUGAAUAGAAUUUGCCUCAGGUUACUCGAUGUGUUGUGGUUCCAUCCUUUUAAUUGUAUGCAUUGAAAUCUCCAUUCUUCAAUAAAACGCUUUUUGAAACGACUUUUCUUAGGCAACUUUCAGAACCUCUCUCGAUUUUCUGUGUCAUCCUUUGAAAUGUUAAUUUUUAAAAGAUUCUUUUCCUCACAAAUCUGUCGGUGCGGAAAUACCUAAAUAAAUUUUUCUCUCAACCCACCUGUGAUUUGUGUCAGCGUUUGUUUUGUUCCACUUCAAUGAACGAAACUUUAUUUCAUGUUAGAAGCGUGGCAGUGUUAAUUAUAGCCUCUUGUUUUUCAGAUAAAUCUAGAACGACAAAAAAAACGCUUUGUUGUGGUAGCAACCAAUGCAAAGUUUACAAUCAUUGACAUUGCAGUUUCGAAAAAUGCAAUUGGACGGCGUUACAUUCGACGAAUCUCGAAUUUCCUUACUUUCCAGUCACAAAAGUCUCAAAAUUUUUUCUUGAAGGGGUUCCGACUCCUCAAACUAUCGCCUAUUCUUCCAACUACCCUUAUAGAGUUGUGAUUUGAGCUCACAAUUCCGUCAGUAUAAAGGUUAAUAAAUGAACCUGUGGAUUUUUGUUUAUUUUAGAUUUUGACAGCAACUCUCAAGAAGUCGCAGGCCACGUGACAAGCUCUGCAAGCCAUUCUUUCGGUAAGUUUGUCCUCCACGUUAAAAAAAAAAAAAAAAAAAAAAAAAACAGUCACACGCUCACAAACAUGGCCCACAAGUUUCAAGUUUGUGGUGCCAAAAAGUUGAUCGAAAAUUCACUCUGCAUUCCACGAAUAGCAGUGUUUGCACCAAGCAGUCGACUUCUUAUUUGAAGAACGCUAUAUCGCUGGAUAUAACAUGAAGAAAGUGUACACGUGCGAGCGAGAAAUCGCGCGCGCAAAAGCUCAUUAUUGUUUAUGGUGAAAUAAUCAUGUUUUCUUUCUUUCAGUAGCUCAGAACAACUCUGUUACAGAGGUUGCCGGCUCAUUAUCCAAGCCACAAUCGAGUAAGUAUUAUCUUAUUUUUAAUGUUUAAUUCUUAUCCUGACCUCACCCUACCCCCUCCCCCCACCCACGCGUCUGCUUUGUAGCUUGUAGCUUCUCUGUGCGUUGCGUGACAUCACAAAUUGGAUACGCAUUGUUCCUUGUUAAUUUUGUUGUUGACAAAUACAACACACACGCUACAUGGCAAUCGGGAACUUAGCUACAAAAUUACAUGAAUCUUCAUGAGUCACAUCGAACACAUAUGACUAACUGUGGUUAAAUCAUGCGACUGUUUAUCUAAGUCCAAGGUUAGACCGGAACAAAAACAAUGGGCAAGCUUCCAACCGGCAAAGAUAAAAAAACCUUCACCUUAAUUUACCACAAAUGAUUUCAGGUUUAAGCUUUUGGGUAAACGGAGACAUCUCCUUUUGUUGUCAAGUCCUGCAUCAAAAUGUACGAACAAGCUCACGAAAAUUUGACAUGAGUUGAAGUCCACGAGCUCAUGAAAGUCGCAUGUUUACGUUAUCCCGUGAUAAGGAACAUCUCACAGUGUGAUAAAAACAAACAAAGCACGAAACAUGCCGUGGCCUUUGAUCAUAGUGAACUUCGAGUGAAUUUGUUUUGAUAAAGUCAGUAACAAUUGAAGACUUCCGCUGACACUAGUCCUUUUGGACAGGAAGACACCACUAGAGUAAUCACGCCACACGUGGUCUAAGUUUGAUAAAUUUCUCAUUUCAGCCCACACUCGUGGCUACUCUGUUGGCAGUUAUGCAGCACAACACAACUCUGGUGCCAACGGCUUCUGUGCCUCUCGCCUGUGGCCUCCAAAUGGAUGUUACCCGCCAUGUGUUCCAUCCCUUAAUGGAUUUCCUCCACCGCGUCAACCCCCUCGCUCCUUGCCAGAACUUACCAGGAACAAAGACCUCCCUCCGGUGCCCCCUCUGAUCAAAUCUCCUGAUCUUCCCUCCCCCAGCAGCCCCCCGGACAACUUCCCUAGGUCUUCACUGCAGACACUUUCUUUGGCGGCCAGUUUCUUAGAGAACAGCAGCCCUCUGUUUGAUCAGGCAUCGCAAACAAAGAAAGCAUCUUCUGAGGAACGCACCAGCCGAGGUGCGCGUUAUGAAGAGCCCUUCUCCGCUGGCAGCCACGGCGAGAACGGACCCUUACCUCCUGACGUAAAGAAACCUAGACUAGAUACUUCGUUUGUCAGUCAAAAGAAGCCACCAUCAAACGGGGUCCAACCCCCCAUGAAGCCGACACCAGCUGAGUCUCAAGUGCCUUUUCCGGCAAACCUUUCCCCAAAAUCGUGCGGGGAUAGUGAUUAUGGAGAAGAACGGGUAUCUCCAUCACCCCCAACGUCCCCAUACCCCAGGGGGUCCCCGUCGCAGAGGGGAUGCGACUCUCCUGUAGCACGGAGAAGGAACAGCUCCAGUUCAACAGAUUCUGGCACUGAGGACGCCAAAGAUGGUGAGUUGAUUUAUCACAGAGGUUUCUAUGUGACUGUGUUGAAUGUUCUUCUUUACUCACCUCUAUUUUUGUUCUCUCUCCGUAAAAGGAAACCACAGCCGAAGUGACUCUUCCACAAAAAGUUCUACCACAGGUUCGCCAGGUGCAAAACCCCGUGUUGGCCGAAGAAAACGUAAGUUAUUCAAAAUUUUCUCUUUUUUUUUCAUUAUAUUAUUUUUUUAAGGGUACAAAAAAGUUAAAAACAACAAAUUUAGCAAUAUACCACUGUUGACACUUUGUAACGUCUGUUUAUAAAAUUUCGAAUAUAGCAGAGGCGAGCCUUUUGAUUGGCUAAAAAAAUGUUUUGUUCGUGCCUGUUCAAACACUCCUCUGACGUCAAACUGUAUUUUGUUGGCUCAAUUUCAUUAAACCAACAAGAAAUGUAGGCUUGUUUACAUAGGAGAGUAGCAAAUUAACGUUAAGUAAACUUGCAGGUUCUCUCAAAAUUUGGCAACGGUAGUGUUAAUGUGCGUCAUUUCAAUAAAAUUGUAUUUUUAUUUCAGAGACAAGAUCUCUGCACCUGUGGGAAUUUCUUAAAGAGUUAUUGGAAAACAAGGAUACAUGUCCUCGCUACAUUACAUGGAUCGAGCGCGAGGAGGGCAUUUUCAGGCUUGUCAACUCAGGAGCCGUUGCUAAGCUGUGGGGUCAACGGAAGAACCGCAGGAACAUGAAUUACGAAAAGAUGAGCCGUGCUUUGCGAUAUUAUUACGAGAGGAAGAUUCUAGAACGUGUCCCUGGACAGCGUUUGAUCUACAAAUUCGCUCCGGAUACGAUGAAAGAAUGUAACUUCAGCUUUAUGAAGAAGGACGGUUAA